CUCCAUAACAAAAAAUUGUCGUAGGAGAUCACUCUAUUAUACUUUUGUUCAGCAAGACAAAAAAGAAAUUAAAAUUAGCAAUUCUCCGAGUCUGCUUUUAUUUUUGUUAAUUUCUAUCGUCAAAUUAAUUAACAAAUUACUUAUUCAACGAAUAACUGUGAAUUGUAAAAAGUGUACUUAAGUCCAUCACACAGAAAUUCAUAACAGAAAAAAGAGCAAUCCCGUUUGAAUGCAGUUAUAAAUUAUAUUUUAUUACUUUAUAAUACUGUUCCAAUCGAAUUGGUUGUGUCGUUGUCGUUGUCGUUGUCGUUCUCGUCAAAGUCGAAGUCGAAGUUGAUUAAUAUUUAAAAAAGAAAUAAAAUAAAAGAAAAGGCUGUGUUUUUGGUAUUUGGUAUUAAUAGUCAAUACGAGAGAGACUUUGGCAAUAAUAAGAAACUUAAUGGAAUAACAAAGUGUGGUUUUCUAUCUAUCGGAAUUUCACGCAGCUGAAACGCAAUAGAAUCUUUAUAAAUUGAGCAAUAAAUAUGUCAUCCCCAAGUGCUGGUAAACGUCGCAUGGACAAUGAUGUCAUCAAAUUAAUUGAAAGUAAGCACGAGGUGACAAUCCUCGGUGGUCUUAAUGAGUUCCAUGUGAAAUUCUUUGGACCACAGGGUACACCGUACGAGGGUGGCAUAUGGAAGGUACGCGUAUAUUUGCCAGAUAACUAUCCCUUCAAAUCACCUAGUAUAGGUUUUGUCAAUAAAAUUUACCAUCCUAAUAUCGAUGAAUCAUCGGGCACUGUUUGCUUAGACGUUAUUAAUCAAGCAUGGACGGCGCUUUACGACUUAUCUAAUAUAUUCGAGUCAUUUUUACCGCAACUAUUAACAUAUCCAAAUCCGGUCGAUCCAUUAAAUCGUGAUGCUGCUGCGUUGUAUUUGCAUGAGCCUGAAGAAUAUCGGCGAAAAGUUGCCGAUUAUGUUCAGCGAUACGCAACAGAAGAAGCUUUACGUGCACACCAAGAACGUGAGAGCUCAGACAGCGAGUCUAGCAUGUCCGACUAUAGUGAAGAUGAAGCUAGGGAUAUGGAAUUAUAAUAUCGUUUUCGUUUUAAUUUAAAAAAUAAAUUUUACAAAUUUAUUAUUGUAACUAUACACAUACAUAAUAUAUUAAUUAUAAAUUAUGAAUAAUA